UCUCCCCCCCCCCCCUUUCUUGCAGGAAUUUCUGGAAGCACUUCCGUGGGGUGACCCUGUGCCUUUUUCUCCUGGUGGUUCCCGGCUUCAUGGCCUACAAGAUUGCCCACUUCUUCCAGCCAGACUUUUGGCUGGUGAUCCUCGUCUCCAGCUGCAUGUUGACUUCCCUGCAGGUGACAGGGACCCUCUUCGUCUACGGCCUCUUCGUGGCCGAAUUCCUCCAGAAGACCCCCGUGGAGAAGAUGGACGAGAUCCUUUACUGUGUCCAGGCCGUCAGCCGGGUGCUCGAGUUCCUGGUGGCCCUCUGCGUGGUGACCUAUGGCGCCUGGGGGUCCAUCGUGGGGGAGUGGACAUGGCUGGGGGCCUCGGUCAUCGUUAUCCACUGCUACUUCAACGUCUGGCGGAGGGCCCAAUCUGGCUGGCAGAGCUUCUCGCUCCGCUGGGAGGCGGCCAAGAAGAUCGGCUUGCUACCCGGGGCCACCCGCAGGCAGCUGGAGGACCACAAUGACGUGUGUGCCAUCUGCUUCCAGGAAAUGACCCUCGCUGUGAUCAUGCCCUGCGGCCACUUCUUCCACAAAGCCUGCCUUCGCAAGUGGUUCUACGUACAGGACACCUGUCCUCUCUGCCACCAGCCGUUUCAGGUCCCGGCUGCCCAGAAAGUCCAGCGAGACGACGCUGAACCAGAAGCGACACCCCAGCCGGAGCGUGGAGAGACCGUCAGCCACCAGAACACAGCGGAGUCCCACGAUGACGAGCCGCCGGACUCUGGGAUGUCCAGUUGCCCAGAGCAGCCCGGCCCUUUGCCAGCGGGGUCCGCUGGGGAAGACCCCCAUCGGGGUCAUCCCCAUCCAGGAGGGACCUCCCUCCCGGGAGAAGAAAACGACCAGCGGCCUGUGCUGGAAAAACUCGAGGCCCGGUCUGUGGGGCAGCACCCUUCCCAAAGUGACCUGAGAUUACCCAGCAUGCCAACGGACCCCGGUCCCCCUUGGCCCUCGGCUCCUCGGGGUGUCAAGGGGCAUCGGGAGAGGCCCAGGCCGACUGACAGCCACCCUGCAGCCCCGGGCAGCGAUGCCCAGACGGUGGGCGAGAUGUGGGAGAAACUGGACAGUCUCAGCCACAGCCUCCCCGCAUCGCUUCCUGACCCUCGGCCGACAUUCGCGGGCAUUUCUCCCGAGAAACCCUCCAUCCCGUAACCUCCCUUCCUACUUCCCUUAUCUUGUCGGUUCAUCUUUUUUUUUUUUAAGGCUCAGGAAAUCCAUACUCCAAACACGGCAGGCUGACUUAAGCUUGGUAGCUCAGCCCUGCAGCUUCCUCAUUGGUUUU